AUGCCUGAUAUUGAUCACAAGAUGGAGAUAAAGAGCGAAGAGGUCGAGGAGGCUAUUGGAGAGGGUACCGUUACUCACGCUCCAAGCGAAGCCAUGAGCAAUCGGAUCAAAAGAACAUUUGAUCGUCGUCUGCUGCCGAUUGUCUGCUGUCUUUACGUGCUCUCGUAUCUUGACCGAGGCAAUAUUGGCAACGCUAAGACAGCUGGGGUUGACGUCGAUCUUCAUCUCAACGACUCCCAGUGGGCAUGGGUUCUCAAUGCUUUCUACAUAUGCUAUGUUUGUUUCGAAUGGACAACAGUCCUCUGGAAAAUCUUUCCCGCUCAUAUCUACAUCGCGUGUCUUUGCGUUUUAUGGGGAGCAGCAGCAGCCUGCUCUGGGGCGGUGACAAACAUGGCCGGCUUGGUCGCCUGCCGAUGUCUAUUGGGCAUUUUCGAAGCUGCGUUUGGUGCUGGUGCACCCUACUUCCUCUCGCUCUUCUAUAGACGCAAAGAGCUUGGCUUCAGAGUCUCGAUUCUUCUUGGCAUGUCACCAUUGGCUAACUGCUUUGCUUCCGCCCUUGCGUAUGGCCUUACUCAAAUUCGAGGGAGUUUGAGACCUUGGCAGUAUCUCUUCAUCAUAGAGGGUCUGCCCACUGUCGCGUUCUCUGUUGUCGUAUACUUCCUCCUCGCAGAUUCCCCUGGUUCUGCCAAAUAUCUCACAGAGGAGGAGCAGAGGUAUGCCGUUGAGCGUCUGCAGGUUGUUGACCGGACCAAGAAGUCGGGCAUGAAGUGGUCCCAGGUUUUUGCCGGGAUAACAGACUACCAGAACUACAUGCACACACUCAUGCAUUUCUGCUGCAACUACUCCUUUGCCGGCCUCUCAAAUUUCCUUCCCACAAUUGUCAAAGACAUGGGAUAUUCUUCUAUCCAUGCCCAGGGACUGACUGCACCCGUCUACUUUGCAGCCUUCUUGUUGUGUGUGGUAGUAGCCAUCACCUCUGACAAGUAUGGCAAGCGUGGUUACCUUGUCAGCGGUUUUGCUUGUAUUGGAACUGUUGGAUACGCCCUCCUCAUCGUUGGCAGAGAGACACCUAUCCGAUACGCAGGUGUUUGGCUUGCUGCUUGCGGUGUUUACCCAGCGCUUUGCAUUAACAUUACUUGGUUGCUGAACAACCAGGGAGGUGACUCAAAGAGAGGCGCAGGUCUGGCCAUCCUGGCUACUUUUGGGCAGUGCAGUUCGUUCUUGAGCAGUGUCGUGUUCCCACAAAAGGAUAGUCCUCACUACACCAAGGGCGUCUCCAUUGGCUGUGGCCUGACUGCCUUGAUUGUGCUCCUAUCCCUCACGCUUCACUUUCUCUUGGAGCGUGAGAACAAGAGAAGGGACCGCGAGCACGGACCUGUCGGAUCAGACACUACGGUUGAUGUCACUGAGGAGGGCGACAAGAACAAGAAUUUCCGUUAUUUCACCUAA